UUUUUUUUACAUAUUCUGUGACAGAAAAGGGGCUCAACAGUCUUUAAAAAAGUCUUUUGAACGUGUAAGAAUGAAAAUGAAGGGCGGGAAGAGAAAUCUUUGGGCGGUGAGUACAGGAGAGGGAACCAGGGAACUGUCAGUGUGUGAGGCAGAACAAGCAGCCGCCGCAGGUCUCACACACAACAGGGCGAGGAUGGGGCCGAGACUGGGGAAAUGAUAACACAAUGAUCAGUCGCAGAGAUUCCAGUGCGAGGCUGAAGGGAGGAAGGUGACCGAAGCGCACGGUGCCUGUGGGAUCCCUCCGCCUGCUGCUGCCGCCCUGUGUUUGUUGUGCGCGCCUCCAGGCAGCGGCUGACAGGGAAUUGCUGGGGUAACAGCGGAUGAAAACAACAAAACAGGCACUCGUUUCCUCCUCUCUCCCUGAGCCCCGGGGCUGGACUAAUAAGCUCCUCCUCCUGCCGCCGUCACAUGCCAGCUGGCUGCAGUCAUUGUCACCGCCUGGGCAGCAUUGGCUCAUCCGCAUGCCAUGCACGAGUUAAUACUGACCCUCUUAUGGACACAGGCUUCCCCCUCCUCCUCCUCCCAGCGUGGCUCCUCCCCGCACUUCCCCGGUCCCCCCACUGCUUGCAUCACCGCUAGCGGCCGAGCUCUCUCUCAGUUAUUAAUAGAAUGACGUCAGGUAGGGACACAUUCCUGAGCUCUCCGCGCCUAUAUAAAGGGGUGAUGCAACUGCACUGCCAGAGCCACUCUCAGUCAGCGCGGGGGAGGCACACGGGCAGCUGAGCAGCACAGACACCGGUAGCAGCGCUUCUCUCUCACUUCCCACCGACGCAACACGAAAAUGAUGCUCCAACACCCAGGACAAGGCUCGGCUGCAGAAGUGAGCGCGACGGCCAUAGUACCCUGCCUGUCCCCGACAAUGUCGUUCAGCUUCGAGGAUUUCACUAACCUGACCCCACUGGUUAAAGAGGAGUUGAGGUUCGCCAUUCAGAACAAGCGGUGUUUCUCCACCCGGGCGCCCUGCUCUUUGGACUCGGUGGUGGUAUCCGAUGGCCCCGUAGAACUGACAGUCCCCAAAACAGAGUUUGCUCCAGUUGAAGAUGAGCGGAAAAAAAGGAGGAGGGAAAGGAAUAAAGUCGCUGCCGCCAAGUGUCGAAAUAAAAAGAAGGAAAAGACAGAGAGUUUGCAGCAGGAAUCGGAGAAGUUGGAAUCUAUCAAUGCAGAUCUGAAAGCCCAAAUUGAGGAAUUAAAGAACGAGAAGCAGCAUCUGAUCUACAUGCUCAACCUCCACCGACCCACAUGCAUCGUCCGGGCUCAGAACGGGAGGACGCCGGAAGACGAGCGCAACCUCUUCAUCCAGCAGAUCAAAGAUGGAACCCUGCAGAGCUAAGAGACUUUUGUGAUGGACCUGAGCAUCUCACUGUAUUAUUGCAAGUCACUUAAACCGCCAAUGACUGUGUGUCGGAGAGAAUACUUGCUCCGGAAUCCUACCCGGGAAAAGCCUGGAUGGGAAAGACGUCUUGGCGACGUUUGCUUAUCAGAAGACUGGAUUCUGAUUGGCUGGAAUUAUGUGACUGAAUCCUAGGUGUCCACCUAGAGGGAAUGGCGUUCUUUGGAAGACGCAGUGACGCAGCAAACGUCAUGGGGCUUUAACUACAAUCCAUUUAUUAGUCCUGUUAUUAUUUAGCAGCACUAUGGGAUUUGUUUGUUAUUUUCGACACAAAAAUGUGCAAUUUCUUUUUUUUUUUCUCUCUUUUUGCCAGAAGCACAAUAAGUCGACAUUUCAGUGUUUAGAAUCAAAGGGGUCUGAGCUACCGUCACCCACCUGUGUGUUAGUAAGACUUACAAAGCUUUGCCUCCUAGGGGACGUAUUAAGCGCCACGUUAAUCCAUAUAGGCUUGGCAGUUUUACCCCUGAGUUUCCAUAAGCCAUACUGCGGCAUUAAUCUGGUUAUGUGGGAGUUGUGGGAAUGUACUCACUGCCCCUAUGCAGGUUCCUGUGCAGAACAGUGCAAUUGAAAGUGGUUCCUAUGGGAAGAGAAGAAGCUAAUUAUUCCGUUUCUCCUCCCCAGUUAUCUCCUCCGGUACACCAACCAUUAUAAUUCUAGGCUGAGGAUAUUCAUAUCCAAUAGCAAUCAUUUAUCAUGUAAAAAAUAACCAGUGUUCUAUACUUCUCUAGUCUCAAUGUUUAAUGUGCAGUUCAGUCCAAAAGGGUUUAUGGGUAAAGAACAGAAAAUGCCCCUUACAUUCUGUUUUUAACAAGCACUUACGUUCUGGCAUCAAUGCCACCAGUAAUGAAUACAGGAAUAAUCCUUUAGUGAGUCGUUUAUGCCUUAUAUACAGUGUGUUGUAUGGUGCAUGAGAAAAACCAAAAAAUUGCCUCACAUUCUGCUUAUUUUAAGUACAAAUAACAACAUUUACUCGUUUGGGAUGUGUCUAAUAUUUAUAUUCUGCAACAGAACAUUAAAUACAUCAUGCUCGGA